CCUCCUUCUCCUCCUCCUCCUCCUCCUCUCAGGCUGUGGUUUUUCUGUAUAUGUUUCUAGAGUCCUGAGCCUGGCUAAACAAAAGCAGGAGGCUGACGGGGCUGCUGGAGUUUGCAGAGACACGGAGGAGGAGAGAGCUUGGGCUUUGCCUGCCGCCACGGCUGGGGGAGAUCUGGCUUCUGCUACAGCCCACCCCCUUUGAGAUCACUCUGGCCCGGAGUGGGGGUGGGGGGCAGCGGGGGGUGGGGGGGAAAGUUUGCAUUGCAAUCCCCCUGCCUUCCUCUCCUUUCUCCCGAUCAAUGCAUAUUUGCAAAAGGAUUAAGCUACAGAUUUAAGCGCCGGGAGCCCAUUUCUGCCUUGCAAAGGAGAUCGGACUGAAAAACCCAAAGGCAGCUCUGAUUUCUUUUCGCCAAGUGGGAAGGUGGUUUAUUUUUCUUGCUUUUUUGGAGUCAACACCCUUCCCCACCAGCCCUUAUCCCCACCCUCAACCCGCAACCCCUUCACGCCCCCCUCCCCCUCCCCAUCCUCCCACCAUCCUCUAAAGAGGCAAAGAGAUUUUUUUUUUCCUUUUGGUCUUCUUCUUUUUUUUAAAAAAAAAAAAAACCCUGGUCCCUGUUUAUCCUGAAAAGGAUUUGAAGACAGCUUGAAGGAUAAAAAGCCUCGGUGCUUCCCAGGCGCCGAGCCGAGAAGCCGAAGAGGAAGAGCCGGGGCUGCCGGAGCCUUCAGAGAUGGACGAGCAGCCGAGGCUGAUGCAUUCCCACGCUGGGGUCGGGAUGGCCGGACACCCCGGCCUGUCCCAGCACUUGCAGGAUGGGGCCGGAGGGACCGAGGGGGAGGGCGGGAGGAAGCAGGACAUCGGGGACAUUUUACAGCAAAUUAUGACCAUCACAGACCAGAGUUUGGAUGAAGCGCAGGCCAGAAAACAUGCUUUAAACUGCCACAGAAUGAAGCCUGCCUUGUUUAAUGUGUUGUGUGAAAUCAAAGAAAAAACAGUUUUGAGUAUUCGGGGAGCCCAAGAAGAGGAGCCCACAGACCCCCAGCUCAUGCGACUGGACAACAUGCUGCUAGCAGAAGGGGUGGCGGGGCCCGAGAAGGGCGGAGGCUCUGCAGCGGCGGCAGCGGCGGCGGCAGCUUCUGGGGGUGCAGGUUCAGACAACUCAGUGGAGCAUUCCGAUUACAGAGCCAAACUCUCACAGAUCAGACAAAUCUACCACACAGAGCUGGAGAAGUAUGAGCAGGCAUGCAAUGAAUUCACUACCCACGUGAUGAACCUCCUUCGAGAGCAGAGCCGGACCAGGCCCAUCUCUCCGAAGGAGAUCGAGCGCAUGGUCAGCAUCAUCCACCGCAAGUUCAGCUCCAUCCAGAUGCAGCUGAAGCAGAGCACGUGCGAGGCAGUCAUGAUCCUGCGCUCCCGGUUUCUGGAUGCGAGGCGGAAGAGACGGAAUUUCAACAAGCAAGCUACAGAAAUUCUGAAUGAAUAUUUCUAUUCCCAUCUCAGCAACCCUUACCCCAGUGAGGAAGCCAAAGAGGAGUUAGCCAAGAAGUGUGGCAUCACAGUCUCCCAGGUAUCAAACUGGUUUGGAAAUAAACGAAUCCGGUACAAGAAGAACAUAGGUAAAUUUCAAGAGGAAGCCAAUAUUUAUGCUGCCAAAACGGCUGUCACUGCCACCAAUGUGUCAGCCCAUGGAAGCCAAGCUAACUCGCCCUCCACUCCCAACUCAGCGGGUUCUUCCAGUUCUUUUAACAUGUCAAACUCUGGAGAUUUGUUCAUGAGCGUGCAGUCACUCAAUGGGGAUUCUUACCAAGGGGCCCAGGUUGGAGCCAACGUGCAAUCACAGGUGGAUACCCUUCGCCAUGUUAUCAGCCAGACAGGAGGAUACAGUGACGGACUCGCAGCCAGUCAGAUGUACAGUCCGCAGGGCAUCAGUGCUAAUGGAGGUUGGCAGGAUGCUACUACCCCUUCAUCAGUGACCUCCCCUACAGAAGGCCCUGGCAGUGUUCACUCUGAUACCUCCAACUGAUCUCCCAGCAAUCGCAUCCCGGCUGACCCUGUGCCGCAGUUGGGGCAGGGGCAGGAGGGAGGGUUUCUCUCCCAACGCUGAAGCGGUCAGACUGGAGGUCGAAGCAAUCAGCAAACACAAUAAGAGUCUCCUUCUCUUCUCUUCUUUGGGAUGCUAUAUCAGCCAAUCUGGACACUUCUUUAUACUCUCUUCCCUUUUUUUCUGGGUAGAAGCCACCCUUCCCUGCUUCCAGCUAUCAGACUGGUUUCUGUCAUCUUCCCUGGCCCCUGCUCUCUGUUAUAGACCCCCCCAGUUCCUGCCCUCUAUUAUUUCACUGAAGGAUUUUUUUCCCACAAUUAGAGGAAUUUAAAAAGGAAAGCCGAAUUACAAAGAAAACAAUAAACGCAUUUGUAUGUUUUCAUGCUGGUGGUUUGAGGAGCCAAAUUUACCUCACUAGGAGCCCUCAUCCCUACGCUGACAGGCGAUCCUUCUGUCUCCCUUGUUAAUCUCACUACCUCUUAGCAGGAAUACACCACACUGCCCUACUCAUUCCAGGCUACUCUGUCUCCAUUUUCCCCCUUCUUUCUGGGAACAAUCCUAAUUUCUUCCUCUUCUUUCUGGCCCCAGGUGUUUGUUGGGGACUGCCAUAACUGGGCUUCUAAAGGUUCCACAUGUCCUAGUGUAGCUCCAUCAGGUUGAGUCCUAGGCAGGAAGUCUGGUAGGUGAGGGCACAAGGAACAGCAAAGGCAGGACUCCUAUCAGCUUUCUCAUCCUCUUAGAAACAGCUCUUGGUCUUAAAGGCACACUCUAUGGAGACCAUUCAACCGUUCAAUGUUCAGAACCUCAGGCAAGUCUGAGAGAGGCAUCCUGAUGAGGGUGUCUAUAAAGAGUGAAGGCUCUCAUCCUGAAAGGAUUCACUGUCCCUUCUUAGACACACACUCACACACAUAACACACAGGUGGACACAUGCACAACAUCUCAGCUUUACUUGGCAGGAUGCUACUAGCCUUUCAUCAGUGACCUCCCCUACAGAAGGUCCUGGCAACAUUUACCCUGAUACCUCCCAGAUGGUCUCCCAACAAUCCAAUCUUGUACAAAUACGUACAUUGGCAAUCAUAGUACUCUAUCUGGUGAACCUGAGAGAAAAGCAGUAUGUGGCUGGGGCAUCUAGAACCUAGUAACAUGUAUUUACCACAGUAGGACGUACAGGACUUUGUUAGCAUGCAAGUCAGGAUUCAAGUGUAAACUGUCUUCAUUCCUUCCACAUCUGGAGCUCUUAGGGAGCCACACACAGGACUUCCAAUGCCUAUGAUAGAUUUGGAUGCUUUGUUUGUGUUUUUAUUAUAUUAUCUUUUUGAAAUAUUAUAGUAAACCAUGGUCUUGGUUCUGGAAUUUUCCUCCAGAGAGGAGAAUUGUGUAAGUAUAUGGUUAACUUUUACUAAUUAAUUUGAAGACAUAAGAAUCCUAGAGUAAGGAUGAUGAAUUUUUUUGUUGUUGUUGAGAUAAUCACAGUGAUCUAUCUAUAUGUCAAGCAGUUGACAGAAAAAUCACAGUUGCUAGAAAGGUAGUCUUGCUUUUGACAUGAGCUUAAGUUCUCCAGAUGGUUCUGCCAGCCGUAAAGAUGGCAACUUUGCCAUUAGAUUAAGUAGCAAGUGGUCAGAUAUCUUUGGGGCCUCAUGCCCUUCCUCUGUAAAAUGAAAAUUGUUAUGUUUGACUCACCAAGGGACUUGUAAGAGGCCCAAGGAACAGGUUUUGUUUAUAUUUAAUCUCCAGGUCAAUCAAUGGUCAGAGAAAACAGUGUUCCUAUGAUGAACAUUUCUUGCUAGGACAGAACAAUACAUGGUUUUCUUAUUCUAAUUUCUGCUUGUUAUCAGUACCUUGAUGCCAUCCCCAUAAUGACAGAGUGUUUCAGAAGCUUUCUGCUCUGAUUCAGUUUUGGUCUGUUUGUCUUAGGAUAGAGAAGAGAUUCAAAACUAGAGGAGUAGAACCCGCUUUUAUUAGUUUCAACUCGAAUCCAAUUAUGAGGCCUUGCAAGUCCUUGUCCUUAUUACAACUCUUCUGCUUCAGGGACUCCCAGGAAGAAGUACAAGAGCUUGAGGGCUGAGAAACGAGCCUACAGCACCAUACACAUUCUACACGCAGUGCUUUGUGUGUGUUUGGAGCGGUAGGGUGUGUAUACUGAGAAACCUGAGGGGACUGAGUAUUUGAAGAUAAUGCAGAAUGGGAUUAUUUGGCAAAUGAAAAUUUGUCUAGCUGACCCAAGUCACUAGAAAGACUGUCAUCAAACCUGUGCCAUGCUCAGAAUGGGUGCCUAGAAGGGAUAUAUAUAUAUAUAUAUAUAUAUAUAUAUAUAUAUAUAUAUAUAUAUAUCAGUGCUCAUUGUCUUUGUGGCAGGAAUAUAUUGAAACCACUCACAAAGCAUAGUUGGAUCACAUCACUUCACAUGGAGCAAAUUAUAAGAAUUGCUGAAGGGUUCUCUUGGAAACAAGAGUGACCCCAGCUCUGGAUCAAACACACAAAGGAACAUUCGUGGAUCAUGCCACACAGCAGUGCCUCCCUCACAGAAUGCCUCUCUCCAGGCAGUAGUUGUGCUGAGAGUCUCACCAAGCACUUCAUUAGGCCUCCUGUAGGUCAAACACUUAGCCAGUAGUCUGCCCUCCAUGCCCACUGGCACCUCCAACAUGGCAGCCACCAGAUCUCUGUUGUCAAGCAAGGCUAGGGAAAACUGGCAGCCUCCAGAUAGAAGUGGAAAGAGUGUGCCUCUAGAAUCUCAGCUCCCUAGGAUUUCAGGUCAGGUCAAUGCUACAGACCCUCCAAAAACUGUGCCCCACGAUUUCUUCACAGUCUCUAAGUACAAGUGGGAGUGCUGUUUCCCAUGGCAACGAUUCCCUUCUGAGAGAUGGUAGCAGACCUUGAGGUGGCCACUGUGUGACUUGUUUAUCAUUGCCUCUUCCUGCUGGAGUAAAGUGGACUCCUGGGUAGCUGUUGAGUCUACAGGCACCUUCUCUCCCCCUUCCUUCCCUGUGGUAGUAGUACUUAAUUAUUAUUAUUUUGGUUGCUUUUUCUCACACCUAUCUUCGCUUCUUUCUUCCUCCUCUUUAUUUUUUUUUCUGCCCAGAAAAACCUGACUUCGAUACCAAAAAAAGAUAAAACUACAGAAACUCAAAUUUAAAAAAAAAGAAAAAAAAAUCUUAGGAAAAAAAGAAAAAGAAAAAAAACUCAACAAUUCUUUCAGCUUUAUUAACAUUUUCCAUUGUUUCUUGCGACUUGUGUCUCGUUCUUUGUAGUAUUGAUGAUGAACAUUUGAUAAUGAAUGUUCUUGUAUAUUCAGAUAAAGAAAAAAAAACCAAAAAAGCGGUCUGAAUUUAAUAGUGUUUAUAAUAAAAAAAAAAUUAAAAAAUGACCCUCAUAGCACGCAAAACAGGAAGGGGAAGUGUCCCUUCUCUCUGUGACAAUACACAUCAUUCCUGCAUAUGUUUUUUAACACCAAACUACCUAUGUUCCUCAUUUCUCCCAUUUCUCUUUUUUAUUUUCUUGCAUUUGUGAAUUAGUUCAAGAAUGCUAGAAAAGUGUCAAGGUGUGUACAUCCAUUUCUUCUUUCACAAUGUUUAAAAGUGACCGUAAUUCAUUUUGUAAACUAAAAAAAAAAAAGGAAAAAAAAAAGAAAAAAAGAAAAAAAAGUUGGAAUAGUGACAUAAUAGGUUCAACCUAACACAUUAUGUUUAUUAAUUUUGAAACCCAGAAAUGAAUUCUUCUCUUUAUUCCUGCUCUUAAAAAUACAAAAAACCCGCAAGUUUUGUUUUGUGUUCUUUUUUGGUUUUGUUUAUUUGAGGGGAGGGUGCUCCUUUUUCCGCUGUUGGGUUUGUGGGUCUUGCUGGGUUUGUUCCUUACAUAUGUAUUCAGGGUGAUGUGAAAAGAGGUAGCUGGGAGAGAAGGCUGCUUCCAUAUUCUGCUUUGUUCCAGUCAAUGUUAAAACCAACAAUAAAGCCCAUGGCCACAUGUCCCUGCUUUUCUACAUGCCCAGGGUGCAUACUUUGUAAUCCCUGAGAUAAUGAGGCAGGGAUUUCCUUCCUUAAAUACUCGAGAGUCUGUCCAGGGGAUUUCUCACAUUGGAAAGAAAGGCUUUUGUUGAUUCUGAAUGUCCCAAUCAAGGGCUUUCUUUCUCCCUGUUUAACAUCAACAGUCCACAAGAAUGCUUCCAACAGGACAGGCUCUUUCUCCAGGCAGAACUCCAAAGGCGGUACUGCCAUGGAAGCCACCCUUACCCAGUAGAGUACAUCCGUGAAGCAAUCCCUGGGCCCAUCUUCUUAGGAUCCAGAAUCCCGAAUUCUGGGUGCAGUGUGGGUGAUGUGAGGAGCCAGGGUCAAGGCUGCAAUUUGAAUGUUAAAUAAGAAGCUAUGAUCUGUGCACUUGUUGCUAACCUCCCGUGAGGUUAACUCUUUAAAUUGCCAGGUGGGCUUCAUCAGAACGUUGUAUUAGUCAUAGGGAAAAAGAAAGGCAUAUGGUUGGACAGACAUUCAGUUUUGGACAUUGCUCAUUCAAACAUUCAGGUGUUCAAAAAGCAGACAGAAUUCCAGCCAGAUACAUGAAGAAGAGCGUGAGUAGAGGAACUCAGCUGUAGGAAGCAGUCUACCUGGAGACAGCUUAGCUCUUGUUUCUAUGUCCUGAGAGAUGAAAGACACCCUUUUCACGUCACCUUUGUGGUUUCCAGCCUAGCUCAAAGCUUUCUGGAAACUUUUAUCUUAUUUUUAUUUUUUUGUAAACUACUUCUUUCCCUUUCAUUAAAAUAAAUAAAACAUUGAAUGUUUUCCCCUCUUUCUCUAUUUCUUCUUCCCUUUGGGGGUUUCAUUUUGAAGUGUGUUCCUUUGGUUGUUGGUUUUAUCUCCCCCUCCCCUUUUUUUCCUUAUUAUUGAGAGUAUAAACCUGCAAAGCUCGGCUCUACUUUGGUUUUGAAAGUUUAAGCUUUUCUGCUUCUGUGCGAGCACAGGCCUCUGUCCCCUUGGAUUCCAGCUGAACUUUUGUGUUCUCUGAUGAUACUAACACAAUGUAGGUUUUACAGUCUCCUAAUUUGUACUGGUAAUGCAGAUUCCAAAUAAAUAGUUUCUUUUGUUGCAAAAAUA